CCUUUUACAGUUUUUAAGCAGCAUUCCCCACAAAGUGGGGGAAUCGAGGCAACUGGAGUGGAUGUUGAAAAAGUUUUAGAAGUGCGUGUGUCUGUGUGUGAGUUUGGAGAGCUGAGCGCUGACGCCGGCAGUCUGGGCCACUUGGCCAACGCAAAGGAAAAAGGAAAAUUGCUUUGCCACUGCGGAGGAGGGUGAAACGAAACUUUUUUUUGUUGCUCAAAAAUUCCUUUUAUUUUGAAACAAUAAGGAAAAGCAAAGCAGAGGGGAUAGUCGUGCUAAUUCAUCACACUAGUCGCGUGAAUGUGUCGGACUGUGCGUUUUGGAGUCUGCUCUUUGUGGUCCCGAUUUCUCAGCUUUCACCAAAGAAUGUGUUUUUGUCUCCGAGGACUUCAGAUGGAGUAGGGCAGUUCAGUCAAUUUCUCCAUGAAUGUACGUCACAAUGAUGAUGACAGACCAGAUUCCGCUGGACUUGGCUCCGCCCCCCCUCCUGAACGGGGAGGUCCCUCUCAUGCCUCACAUGGUUAACGGCGAUGCGACACAGCAGGUAAUCCUGGUGCAGGUGAACCCGGGGGAGACGUUUACCAUCCGGGCAGAGGACGGCUCACUGCAAUGCAUCCAGGGUCCUGCUGAGGUUCCCAUGAUGUCCCCAAAUGGGUCGAUCCCUCCCAUCCACGUCCCCCCAGGCUACAUCUCACAGGUGCUGGAAGAUACCACAGGGGUCCGCCGAGUGGUUGUGACCCCCCAGUCUCCGGAGUGCUACCCUCCCUCCUACUCUCCAGCUCUCUCCCCCACACAUCACCUGCCGCCAUACCUGCCUCACCCUCACUUCAUCCCCAACUCUCACUCUUUCUAUCCUCCCGUCAGCCCCGGGGAGCUGCCUCCCCAUCAGUACUACCAACACCACCUUCCCCCCAUGUACGGCGAUCCAGAAAUCAUCCCAGUUUAUGGGAUGUCAAACUUCAUAGGGAGGGAGGAUACAUACAGUAAGCCACAACCUAAAAAGUUAAAGGAACCGAGACAGAAUCGAGUCAAUUCUCCUCCCUCUACUCCCUAUAAGGGCAGCCUUGGGCCAGCACACAAUGGAUACAGCAACAAAUCACACGGCCCAACGCUCGGGUCAGCGGGGUCUGGUGGUGGAGUUGGCAGUCCAGGAGGGAAGAAGCCAGAGAGACGGCUCCGCAGCAGUCCGCGAAACAGUGAACCAGACACACACACACAAGAUCAUGAUUCAGAGGGGAAGCGUGUUCAAGACAUGCUGUCUGCAAUCGAAAAACCACAGGUUUCCAAUAUUCAGGCACGGACUGCACGGCUGUCCUGGGCCCCCCCAGCAGGGCUGGUGAACAGGCAUAGUAACGGGAUACCUGUGUCUUGCUCCUAUGAGGUAUCUCUCUCAGAUAAGGGAAGAGAUGGGAAAUAUCGCCUCAUAUACAGUGGUGAAGAAUUGGAGUAUCAUCUGAAAGAUCUCAGGCCAGCUACAGACUACCACGUACGGGUGUCGGCAAUGUACAAUUUGGUUCGAGGCUCGUGUUCAGAGGCCGGCUCGUUUACCACAGAAUCCGCGGUCCCUGAUGUCCCGUCACCACCAAAACUCACAAAUCGUGCCAAGACCAGCCUCACCCUACAGUGGAAGCCCCCGGGUGACAACGGAUCCAAAAUUACAAACUACCUGCUCGAGUGGGAUGAGGGAAAGAAGAACCGCGUUUUCAGAGAAUGUUACUUUGGGAACCAGAGGCACCAUAAGGUCACACGACUCUACCCCGCCUGUGACUACACAUUCAAGUUGGCUGCACACAACGACAUAGGCAGAAGUGGCUUCAGUUCAGAGGUGGUGUAUAUCACCAUGGGCACCCUGCCUGCUCUGCCUCUGGCACCACGGCUUGUCAGGGCAGGGGUGUCCUGGGUGACCCUGGAGUGGGGGCGUCCUGAGGGCAGUCCCAAUGUGGAGCAGCUCAAAUACACACUUGAGAUCCAGGAGGACAACAGCGGAACAGACUUUCAUCCAAAGUACACUGGAGAAAACUUGAGCUGUACUGUACAAGGCCUGAAGAGGAGUACACAGUAUAAAUUCAGGCUCAUAGCAUCAAACAUGGAGGGAAAGAGCAGUCCAAGUGAAGUUUUGGUUUGCACCACCAAUCCAGACAAACCGGGCCCUCCAUCUGCACCCUGUGUCACAGAGGCAACACCCUAUGGAUUUACUGUCACAUGGGAUCCUCCAAUGGACAAUGGGGGAUCUGAAGCUCUUACGUACCUGCUUGAGAUCUCAGAGGGAUGUUCUGAAGCAAACCAAUGGGAAGUAGCGUACAGUGGUCCGGCAACACAGUGUGUGUGUGAGCGACUGAGACCAGGGACCGUUUAUCACCUACGUGUGUGUAGUAUCACCACCGGAGGACACAGCCCAUGCACUGGUAGUGUUCCAGUCCGUACAUUAAGUGUCCCACCAGGGCCCUGCCAGCCGCCAAGGAUUGUCGGUAAAGCCAAACACAAGGAGGUGCAGUUAGAAUGGGACUCCCCUGAGGGAGUGUGUGAGGAGUGUGUGUACAGUCUGGAGAUGAGUGAGGGAGACGCCAAGCCAACGGAGGUGUAUCAUGGCUCGGAGCUACAGUGCACUGUCGCUAGUUUGCUUCCUGGUGCAACAUAUAGCUUCAGACUGAGGGCUGCCAAUGAGGCUGGGUACGGACCAUACUCUGAGCCUACAGAGGUGACGACUGCAGCGGGUCCUCCUGCGCAGUGUGGAGUUCCCAUAAUCACACUCACCAGUAACACCUGUGUAACACUCAACUGGGAGAGCCCUGAGGGUUCGGGUACAGACAUCUCUGAAUAUCGUUUGGAGUGGGCGAGGGAAGAUGAACCCAUGGAGCUCAUCUACUGCGGAUCUGCCACGCAGUGUGAACUGUCAGAUUUGACACCUGCCACAAAUUACUGCUGCAGGCUACAGGCGGUCAAUCAGGCAGGUGCUGGUCCAUAUAGUGAGCAGAGCAGUUUCCAGACCCCAGCUACAAAUCCUGACCAGGUAUCAUCCCUUACCCCCCUGGAUCUCCCGACCUCCUCAGAGACAGGCCACUCCCCGUCUACCUGCCUCCACCUGAAGUGGGAGGAGCCAAACUGUAACGGGGCCGAGAUUACCUCCUACGUCAUCACCCUGGACGACCAAACCAUCACUGUGGAUUCACGGACAACUCACCUUGUCACAGGCCUGCAGCCAGACAGUGAAUACAGUGUGCAGAUCCAGGCAGUGAAUGCCAUUGGCUCCAGUCCCAACAGUUUACCACUGAUCGUGAGGACACGCCCUCUCCCACCACCGCCGCCCCCACUCGAAUGCUCAGCGGCUGGCCCUCAAAGCCUGAAGCUCAAGUGGGGCGAAAACACCAGCCACACACGUGCUCUGCUUGCUGAUGACAUGGUCUACACACUACAGAUGGAGGACAAGAACCACAGGUUUGUGACAAUCUACCGUGGUCCCAGCCACACCUACAAGGUUCAGCGAUUGACCGAGUCCAGCAGCUACAGCUUCAGAAUACAGGCCAUCAGUGAUGCUGGGGAGGGUCCUUUUUCUGACACGCAUACGUUCUGCACCACCAAGUCUAUACCCCCUGUCCUGAAAGCUCCCAGAGUGCACCAGCUGGAGGGGAACAUGUGUGAGAUAACAUGGGAAACUAUUCCACCAAUGAGGGGGGACCCUGUGAGCUAUGUGCUCCAGGUGCUGGUGGGACGUGAGUCAGAAUACAAACAGGUUUUCAAGGGAGAGGAGGGUGUGUUUCAAAUCUCCGGUCUCCAGAGCAACACAGACUACCGUUUCCGUGUGGGUGCCUGCCGCCGUUGCCAGGAUACGUGCCAGGAGCUGUGUGGACCACUGAGCCCUUCCUCUUUGUUCACGCUGCGUCGCCAGGAGGCAGCAUCAUCAGGAGAGCAGUGUGCCGUGGAAGCAGGCAAAGGAGCGGGCCUGAUCUCGAGCGACGAGCGCUUUGCGGCGCUGAUUGUGUGUGUGUUUGCAGGCUUCUCCAUCCUCAUGGCCUGCUUGCUACAGUACUUCUUCAUGAAGUGAGGGAAUUUUUAAUUAUAGGAUAGAAAGAGAAAGCAAAAUCGCAGAAAAAAAAACUUUAAAAAACAUCUAUGAAAGAACCGAAUGAAAUCAAAACAAACACUUGAGAUGUACAUUCAACGCUAUCUAUGAUUUUUUUUGGGUUAUUUUUUGAUUCAGGCUUUUCCCACCUUGUUCCUGUUGUCUUUUGCCUUCACUCACUUUGGACUUUUUCCCUCUCCGUCUCUGUUGUCUUCAUACCAUUGUCCGUCUCAUUUGUUAAGGAUUUCUGUCGAGGGAAGCCUUGUCUGAGCUGUACCUCGUUUGGGAAAGAAAGCUGAUAAUCAAGCCUUAAAAUAGCUGUGAGCAAAACAGUUGCUCUCCAGACUGACUUGCAUGUUUUUAUUUUGUAUCUUUUUAAAACAUAUUCACUUAGAGAACAUAUAUUUCUUGAUGGUCAUUGCCUUACUUUUUUGGUUUAUUUUUCAGUGUUUAAUUUGCAUUUUUUUUGCUGUAGUCUUUAUUCAUUCAGCCAUAUUCCAGUGUAGGCCUUCAAAGCUUUAGUUGUUCUUACUUACCCAGUUUGUUACAACUCUACAGGCUGUCAGACAUUUCACGCAAUCUGCACCCGUUCUCACAUGCAGACUGACAAAUACCCAGUGCACAGACAAAGGUGCAGACUUACAUGCAUAACCUUGCACACAUAUCCAAUUACACUCAUGCAAUGACAAUGAGAAAGACAUUUCAUCCUAAGAAGUAAAUCACAUAUCUGCUUAGCUUUUUACAUUCACUCAUUCACUCUUUCAGCUACCAAAGUGAUGCAAUCCAUGUAUGGUUUAAGAUGCUGCUAUCCUUUGAUUUUAUUAUAUCUACAAAAGAAUGGAAAACCAGUAAUCUAAUAUAUGAACUCUAUAUAUAGAUAUGUAUAUUAUAGCAAAUACUAUGAUGCUAUAAAUUGAUGUAAUAUAAGUGAUGGCAAUGUAAGGUCUGAAGUACAGUGUAAAAGGGGGAAUAGUGGACUCUAGGUGCUCAUAGACGGCAGCUCUGAGGUCAGCUCAGCAGCUUGCACAUUUAGUUGAAGGAGCCCUUAAACACUUGUCUUGGUUCAGAAUAUGAGCCCUUGAAGGUAUUGGUUUGUGAGGCUUAAACUGGCUUUGGGGAGCCGGGCUGUGGUUGUGAUCGGCUGCAGCAGACAAGGAAAGGGCUGGGCUGAGCAUAUUUUGGGCCAUUGGUCAGUUCUUCUUUAAUCUACCAUCUCAAAUACCAUUGCUCCAGCCUAUUUAUCUGUAGCUUUACUAGCGAUAUGUACGUAGCUCCACUGACCCAGAGGUGCUAACAGUCUGCCAGCUAACCGGCCUUCUCAGAGCUGUAUGGGUGUUAACUAGGAAAGCCAUUAGGAGUUAGCUUGUGCUUUAGUCCCCACUAAGAAUUAGCCAGCCAGAGCAAUGCUAAAGCUGUUUCUCCUUCCGGCUAGCCUGUCAAUUGAUGCAUUUAAAGUCUAUUCUCCUCUUUUCUCAUUUCCCACCCGUGAUUAUCUGUAAUUACCCUUUUUGCUCUGGCCACUUUUCUCUUGCUUUCGAUCCAUCCCAUCUGUCUGCCCAUGCACUACUCUCACUUUCCCUCUCUUCUCUCUCGCUCUCUCUAUUAAAAGGUGCUUUAUUGAUAUGUAAUCAGAGCAGUAGCAAGUCUGUGGUCUCUCCUCAGACGGACAUGUUCUCUGAGGACUUGAACUAAUGUUCACUAACCAAACAAGCCUUUGACAGGACACAACUCAUCAGAACAGGGCAUUCUAACACACAUAACAGCCCCUCACCUCCCACCCAAGUCCCCAAAACCCUUUUUAACCCCAACCCGAAGCAACAAAGCCAAGGUACAACCCAAUACAUGCCCCGAUAAUCCAAAGAAGUCACCCUGACCUGCGUAAUUAAUGUGUGACAUGUUUGUCGGAUGGGGUGCAGGGAGUAAAAGGGAUUGGAUGGGAGACGGAGGUAAUGAUUAGCUCUGAUUGGCAGCCUGUAAUGUACCUCAGGGAUAAGGCCUCACAGAGGGGAGAUCUAAUCUUGUCAUCCCUAUUGCUGUCAUCAUGAUAAUUUAUCAUUUUAGCUUCUUUUCUUCUUUUUUUCUCUCUUCCUUCCCUUUGUUCUCUCAUUUUUGAUGCUGUAUCUUGUGCUCUGUCUGUGCUGUGCCUUGCUCCUGUAUGUGUCAGUAAGUAAAGUGGUUUACUAGCUUAAAAAACCUUUGCCAAAGUUGGUGGGAAAGUAAAGGUAGAGUUCUUUUCUAGGUUUUAUUUAUACUAUAUAUUUGCAUACAGUACUUUACAUGCCAAUUACAGUGCAAUCUUCAUUUAUUUAUUGUUAAAAGAUUAAGAGACAAGUGUAGUUAUAUACUAAUUUUUUCUUGUAGCAUGUUUUUUUUUUCUUUUGUUUUAAUGGAUGUAUGUUAGAUUGUAUGAUUAAGGCCAGCAUUCCUUAUCUCAGUAACCCUUUAAGUAUUUUUCUUACAGCUGUUGGGAACCUGUAGCUCAUCAGUCCAUGAAUUGCAGUUAUCAUUGCCGUUUCAAACAUUUAACCAAAUUGCCUAUGUAUUUUUAUUUUAUUUUAUUUUAUUUUUUACAUUUCCUGUUUUGGCUGUGCACAGGCAAGCAGUUCUUGAAACGCUUAGAGAAACAUGUAGCAAGCCAGGUCUUAUGGUCAAUUCAAGUCAUCUGUUUUGGGAUAAACGUUGCUGCCUUUGGCUUUUGUUCUGAUUAGUGUUAUAAUGAAGCUUCUGAUAUCUAUUUUUACUGUUUUAAUGCCAAAGUGCAAACUUUUUAUGUCCACUAGUUGUUGCGUUUUGAAUCGUCUAAAGGGUUCUGAGAUGUUCUUCUGCAGCGACACAGCAUUACGACUAUUAUCAUUAUUCUUUCUAAAGGAAAAAAAAAACAUUAACUUGAUCUGUGAUAUUUCUUCUUUUCAUAUUAUCUUUUAUUGUUUUGUUUUGUAAAGCAAAAUGUGCCAUUAUGAAAUGUGUAGCCCCUUUCGGUGGAGUUUUUUUUCCCGUUUUUUAAUUUUUACACAACCUGAUUUCACACUGAAAGGUAAAGAAAGCAAAAACAAUCAUACAAUGGUUUCCGGCAGAUGAUGAAAAUAAUAAUAUUGAUAAAUCCUUUUUCAGGCUUGUGCUGGUAUAACAGUAGUGAGCUUUUUUGUGUCCGUACAUUGCUAAGAGAUGAUAUACAGAGAUAUCUAUAGAGCUAUAGAAGAAGAGGGUAAAUUCAUUAUGACUAACAGAGUUGAAGCACUUUUUUAUGCCAAGCAUUAGGCUUGAUGAGGUAAAUAUGAGCGAUAGGAAACGCGAUCCUUUGCUCUAUUCCAAACUCUACUGCCAACACUGUCUGUUACUUUUAUUGGCAUUAUUCUGUUAUUGGCAUCACUGUGACAUUGGCAUUACUGGGGCGCUCUCUGCAGAAUGCACAGUACAGCCACAAAGAAAGGAAAGUUUAUAGGGAGUAUGGUGCCUUUGUCUGAUGUGUUCAUCUUGUGUCUGCCUGUUGCAUUGUAAUUGACAGGUGACUUGUGAGGUGUCCUUUCCUUAAACUCCUGAUGUUAUGUUGCCCAACACUACCCCCUUUUAAGCCUUAAUUCCCCAGUGGAAGAGCAGAGGUUUGCUUGGUGUAUGGUCAUUGUCAGGCCAGUUAUGCUAGUGUUAAAUAGUCCAAGGUUAGCACAGUGUUAACAAAAAGGCACUGUGUUUGUGGGCAGGGUACUCCCUUGAUGUGCAUUGUUGGGGUUUUUUUUGCGUUUUUUCCCCUCAAAUACAGGUGAUUUUAUAGAACCCCAGACUCCCUACUCACCACCCUGCAGGUCCUGUACAUUUGGCGGGUAUGUCAAGAGUGAGAGACAAUGUUUUGCCCAGCAACCCCACGUCUGUGCCUUCUGAUCAUUUUUUUUUUUGAAUGUUUUGUACAUGUAGAGAUUUUGACUGAGAGAUUGGCGAUUUGACAAACAUACAGAGACUCACAGGUAUUUAACUAUUUUUUAAGUAAGACAAAAACAGAAACAUAUUUUUACCUCACAAUCAAAAAAUAAACAUUCCAACGUUGUCAUGGUCUACGAAUUGAGGAAAAAAAGAAAUUCAUGCAUUUCUUCUUGUAUUGUAAAUGUUAGACAAUUUCAUAUGCAUUAUAUAAAAGAAACUGCCAUAUCAAUUUUAAUGUAUAGAUUUUUGCAAAUACUACCCUAUGUAUGUAAGACGUAACUGUAUCGGUAGCGUAUAUAUAAUAUAUUUAUGCCCAAUAAAUGUUUUAAUUUUUUUCUGUCUUUAA